CCUCCCCUUACGCACGCACGCACCCUCUCCCCGCCCCGCCCCUGCAGCGGAGCCUUAUAAAGGGCGGCGCGGGGCGGGCCAUCCGCUUGCAUCUGCCUUCUGCCUGCUGUGUGCAUCCCGCCGCCACGAUGGUGAAGCAAAUCGAGAGCAAGUCUGCUUUUCAGGAAGCCUUGGAUUCUGCAGGAGAUAAACUGGUGGUAGUGGACUUCUCGGCCACGUGGUGUGGGCCUUGCAAGAUGAUCAAGCCUUUCUUUCACUCCCUUUGUGAAAAGUAUUCGGAUGUGGUAUUCCUUGAAGUCGAUGUGGAUGACUGUCAGGACGUUGCCUCAGAGUGUGAUGUCAAAUGUAUGCCCACCUUCCAGUUCUUUAAAAAGGGACAAAAGGUGGGUGAGUUUUCUGGCGCUAAUAAGGAAAAACUUGAAGCUACCAUUAAUGAAUUCAUCUAAUCACGAUCUCAUGAUCUCAUCGGCUGUAAUUUUUUUAUUUACAAAAAAUAAAGACCAGAUAUGAAGAUUAUAUGCUCAACUCCCAUUAAGUCUAAGGAACAAUAAAAUAAUUAAUUUACCCUUUUUAAAACUGCCUGGUGUCUGACUAGCUUUCAAAAUAAAUGUGAAUGGCGACUACACGAUA